AAAUGACCGAAGAAAGUCAAGAAGCUCUCUGAGCUCUCUACUCACUACUCUCUCUCUCUCUCCGCGUAGGAUACAAGACUUUUGACACCAAAGCCUUAAAGCUGUGUGCCUCUGUGUUGUUUUGGUUCUCUAUUCCAAUGAUGUCAUCAGCAAGGCAUCAGAGAAACCAUAGAAUCUCUGCUACAAACAAGAACAAGAUUCUCAACACUGUUUCCUCCAUCUCAUCCUCAUCAUCUCCUUUACACUCAUCACAAGACUCUCAAGAAGCCCAAAAGAGUUCUUUAGUCACCAUGGAAGAAGUUUGGGAAGACAUCAACUUUGCUUCCAUCCACCACCUAAACCGCCACAGCCAACAUCCACCAGACAACCAUCAGCCAAGAUUCAGGAGCCAUAACCACCAGAACCAAAACCCUAACUCCAUCUUCCAAAAUUUUCUCAGCAGACCUUCGAACCAGGAACCAACCAUACACACAAGCCUCAAUGGAGAUACCACCACUGUCUUCAGCAGCUCUCCUUUGGCACCUCCUGCAACUGUUCUUAGCUUGAACUCCGGUGCCGGCUUCGAGUUUCUUGAUAACCAAGAUCCUCUUGCUACCUCUAAUCUGCAUAGCCACAAUCAUCUCACAGACGUUCCUUCAUUCAACACUUCUCUUGAGGAUUUUACUUGUUUUGGUAAGAAAAGAGGUCAAGAGUCCAAUGAAGGUUCAGGGAAUAGAAGACACAAGCGCAUGAUCAAGAACAGAGAAUCUGCAGCUCGUUCCAGAGCUAGGAAACAGGCUUAUACAAACGAGUUAGAGCUUGAAGUUGCUCACCUGCAGGCAGAAAACGCAAAACUCAGGAGACAACAAGAUCAGUUAAAAAUGGCAGCAGCAAAUCAGCAACCCAAAAAGAAGACACUUCAACGGUCUUCCACAUCUCCAUUUUGAGAAAUCUACAAGUCCUUAUCUCUCUUUUGGGGAUUGAGAAUUUUUCAUGAAGAAGUGAAAAAAUGGAAAAGUUUGUGUACUUUUUUUUUAUAUUAGACAUAAGUAUAACUAAGCUAAAUUUGUAGAACUAAGAUCUUGCAGGGUAAGGAAGUAGUAAAAACAGAAAGAGAAAAGGAUCUUUCCAUUUCGUAAGGCACAGGAACACCUGUCCUGGGCCUCUCUCCUCCUUGUUCUGUCAUUUUCUUAUUCAAAUCCCUUUCCACU